AUGAAGCCGCUGCCGUUGAUCCUCCCUAACGAUUCAGGUUAUUAUUCCUCCGAGUACUGGUUCUAUGUUUGGAAUCCUGCCACCAGAACUUCAAAAAAAUGUGGGUGUUUUCGUGAGUCAGCGAGUACUUCCAUUUUUUCCUUCGCAUUUGGUUGUGAUAAUUCAACAGGCGCAUAUAAAGUGGUGGCCUACCGUUACUUUAAAACUGACUCGGGAGUUCUUACAAGCGAGGUGAGAGUUCUUAGUUUGGGUGGUGAUGAUGUUUGGAGAAACAUUGAAAGUUUCCCGAUUGUUCCUUAUCAUGUGAACUAUGAGGAUAGUGAUGGCUAUUUGAAUGGCACUCUUAACUGGUUGGCCAAUCACAAUGCUGAAUGUUAUAUUUAUCCAUGUACUGAUCCUGAUCCUGUUGAACAGUUUGUUAUUGUUUCACUUGAUUUGGGGACAGAGACGUAUCAUCAAUACCUACUUCCUAGUGGCUUUGAAGAAGUGCCGCCUAGACAACCAUAUAUUGUUAUGUUGGGAGGCUGCCUUUGUUUUUCUUAUUGUCAUAAGGAAACUGGUUUUGUUAUAUGGCAGAUGAAGAAAUUUGGAGAUAAAGAUUCUUGGACUCAAUUAUUUCAAAUUAGUUAUCAAAAUCUUCAAAUUGAUUAUAAUGAAUAUAUAAAGCAUCGACUUAGAUUGCAUAUUUUGCUUCUUUCCAAGGAUUCUAAUACACUGUUAAUUAGGAGCACUGAAGCAUCCGAAGCAUUUCUCUAUAAUCGGAGAGAUCAAAGAGUAGAGCCUACGAAUAUUACUCCAGGUAGAACUAGUUAUGGUGAUACAACUGGUUUAGAGUGGGACUAUAUCAAGGAAUAUGUUGAAACUAGGGAUUGGGACUUUAUCAAGGAUUAUGUUGAAACUAGUGUAGGUUGGGACUAUAUCAAGGAUUAUGUUGAAAGCUUAGUUCCUCUUCCAUGA